AUGGGCAUUGACCGAACUGGAAUCUCGAUCAUUCUGGCCGCCGUGAGCUUGCAACAUCCCGGUCAACGAGGCGUGCUGAUAUGUGAACUGGGCAAUCAGCGAGUGACAAAGUCCACCCUAAGUGUCUUACUGGAACAUGGGUACGAGCCCGACGUGCAUGAUCUCUGGAGCGUCUUGCAGGGAAUGGUCGUAACCCCAUCGCCAGCGCUAGCAAGUGGGAAGAAGGUCUUCGAGGCAUUGGGCAUCAGGCAUGUGAGCUUGGACAUCAAUGGAAGAGAUGGCGCAGUGCUGUUGGAUCUCUCACGACCGUUGAACUCCUCCCUCCAUUAUCUGCUUGGGAAGUGCGACAUAGUCACGAAUUUCGGUACUACAGAGCACAUCGGUGAGAGCGAGUACAUCGAUGAGCCGGAAAAUUAUGAAAGGCUGGAUAUUUGGCAUGCGCAAUACAAUGCUUUUCGAAAUAUACACGGCCUUGCACGAAGUGAUGGUGGAAUGAUCAUCAAUAUGGUUCCAGCUGCUGGAUGUUGGCCGCGGCAUGGUGCCGUGGAGUAUGAACCUCGAUUUUUUCAUACUUUAGCAGCUGCGGCCGGAUAUGAGAUCAGGAACCUCUCACUUCACAGGCCCGACCAUGAUUGGUCUGCUGAAGAAGCACAUCUCUUCUGGAGGCUGCUCAGGGAAGCUCUGCGACGGCAGUCUUAUAGUCUGCCGGAUGACAUGAAUGCAGAGAAAGUUCCAGCGCUGCAGAACUACGCGAAGGAAGAGCAGGCCAAUGUAUUGUCCGUGUUCGUGCGCAGGGGCUUGCAUGCAUUCCCAGAUCAACAAGCAUUCCUUCAAUCACGUGGUCUCCAUCUGAAACGAAAAGCUCAGGAAGCUGCAGAUGCCGAGAAGCACGAGUUCUGCUUGGACUCGCCCAGGAUGCGUGCUCCACACUGUUUCUGGGAGAUGGCUGCGACUGGCGCUUGCAAAGUAUUGCAUAGCACACCUCUGCGAUGA